AGUGGGCGGGCGUGCGCGUAGCAGAAUGAAUGAUGUCAGGGAGCACCGCGGCGAGCAUGAGGCUCGCGGCAAACGCGGCGGCGGCCGCAGCCCCGAACGAGCGCUGCCCCCGGCGCCCCCCGGCCCGGAGCCGCCCUCCAGCGGGAGAGCCCUUCCAGCUGCGGCAGCGCUGAGGCAGGAAACCUCUGCGAGAAGUGCCGCCUCCGCCGACGCCCUUAAAGCCGGUCCCUUUCGCCAGGAGGGAGAAGAGGCUGAGGCUGGGAGAGGAGCAAAUUGCAGGGGAAGGUAGAGAUUGUGGCAAACUUUCUAGCUGCGUCUGCGUGCUGCUGCCUCACUGGUGGGAGUGUCUGCCCAUAAGGAACUGCAGAGCCCAAACCCAGGAGCCCUGAGGCUCCAAAAACGACUUCCAGCCGCCUUUGGAGGAGGAACUGCCAGCAGUGCAAGAUUUUGCAUAUACGGCUGAGUAGAUGAUUCAGCUCUAGAAGAAAGAUUUGUCUUCACAAAUUCCUUUGAAAGCACAAUGGAUGCAUUUUAGAGUUCUACAGAAGUCAUCUAGCAACAAAAAUAUUGGACUUUGAGGAAUAACAGAGUUCAGAGAGCCCAGAAAUUGGUCACUAAUAAAGCCUCUUUGGCCAUACAGCUUGGAAAUGAAUACCAUUGAGACAGCAAAGCUUGAAGAGCACAUGGAGGGUCAGCCAAAUGAGACUUCUAAUGGCUACUCACGACCUACUCUCUCAGUCAGUGAAGAGAACAAAAAUGGCACCAGCAAACCAAAGGGCUUGUCUAAUGGCUUGCGAAAAACAGCAAAGAAGUAUCCUGAUUACAUCCAGAUUGCUAUGCCUGCUGAAUCUAGGAACAAAUUUCCUCUGGAAUGGUGGAAAACAGGCAUUGCCUUUGUCUAUGCUCUCUUCAACUUGAUUUUAACAACUGUUAUGAUCACUGUGGUCCAUGAGAGAGUACCUCCAAAGGAGCUAAGCCCUCCCUUGCCUGACAAAUUUUUUGAUUACAUUGAUCGUGUGAAAUGGGCUUUUUCUGUAUCAGAAAUAAAUGGAAUGAUACUACUUGGAUUAUGGAUAUUCCAGUGGUUGUUUCUUAGAUACAAAUCAAUAGUGGGACGCAGGUUCUUUUUUAUAAUAGGAACUUUGUAUCUGUACCGCUGUAUUACCAUGUAUGUUACUACCUUACCUGUGCCUGGAAUGCAUUUUCAGUGUGCGCCAAAGUUGAAUGGAGACUCUCAGGCAAAGGUUCAGAGAAUCCUGCGACUGAUUUCUGGUGGUGGUCUAUCCAUAACUGGAUCACACAUCCUGUGUGGAGACUUCCUGUUUAGUGGACACACUGUAGUAUUAACACUGGUCUAUCUGUUCAUCAAAGAGUAUUCACCACGUCAUUUCUGGUGGUAUCACUUAAUCUGCUGGCUGAUGAGUGCUGCUGGCAUCAUUUGUAUCCUGGUUGCUCAUGAACACUAUACCGUAGAUGUCAUCAUUGCCUACUAUAUCACCACGCGGCUCUUCUGGUGGUACCACUCCAUGGCUAAUGAAAAGACUUUAAAGGUGUCUUCGCAGACGAAUUUUCUCUCUCGAGCAUGGUGGUAUCCAAUAUUUUAUUUCUUUGAGAAGAAUGUGCAAGGCUCUGUUCCUUGCAGUUUUUCCUGGCCAAUAUCUUGGCCUCCCAGCUGCUUCAAAUCUUCAUGCAAAAAGUAUUCACGGGUUCAGAAGACAGGAGAGGACAAUGAAAAAUCUACCUGAAGAAAAGAAGGAAAGCAUCUGCUCUGGUUUUUUUCAUUUUUGAUUUUUUUUACCAAAACAUUAAUGCUGUAACCAAAGUUCUUUAAAAGACUGUAACUGAAGAAGUGGACCAAGCUUCUGUGCAAUUGAUGGAAAGACAAUUAUAGACACAUAUAUUGCAUUUCAGAUGUUUUCCUCUCAUCCAGCUGUACAGACCUAUUCUACUCUUCAGUGCUAAUGAAAUGCACCACUGAUGGAAUUUUUUUAUUAAAGAAAAAAAUGGAGCAGGAUUGUGCUUUAUUAAUGAGAUAGAGGUGCCAAAGACCACAGUAACACUUGCAUUACUAUCACUCAUCUGCAGAAGCACCCAAAAUUCUCCUCUUCAGAGCUCUGGAGUGUUUAAGGGCAAAAACAUGCUAACAUGUAAAGGCACGAUAUUGGCGUAUUGAGGGGUAUAAAAAAAUAACACAGUUGUGGGAAGUGGUUUGUUGCAUUAUUCUUGCUAAUGAAGGUAAGGCCUUUGUGUGUCUGGUACAGCUGGACGCAAGUCUGACUUUUUUACACACUGUGGGUAUGAAUAUCUUAGGACCCUAAAAUAUUACUUAGCACCAUUAACUCGAUGUAUUCUACUAUAAACCAGUUUUUACAUUUUUAUUAGUAAUUUUAUAUUUAAAUAGUUGUUACCUGAUGAAUUUGCAAAUUAGAAACAGCUGCUAGCAUCAGAGCUCAAGGAGCCUAAAAUUUUAUUUUUAGUAAGAGACGCAGUUUCAACAUCUGAAUCUUGAAUUACAGCUGGCCUUGUGUAUAUAGCUCUACAGUGCCUGUCAGUGUAUAUAGAUGCAGAUAUACACAAAAGCACAUACCUUAAACAAAAUUAUUUACUGGGAAGAGUAAUCCUGAAGUUCUUGAUGCAGGCAGAAGUGGUACAGCUCUCACCUGCUUGAGGAAUGUAAGGCCAGGUCCAAAAUGGGGCUACAUUUAAAAUAAACAUUUUAAUUUUAGUAGCAAUCUCUUGCUGAAGCUAUGUAGCAGGUUUGCUUGGGAGCCAUAGUUCUCCAUUGAAUUUCUUUUUUUGUCUUUUACCUCUUGACACACAUUUCUGUGACUUGCUUUAAAAAAACAACCAAACAAAAAAGUGCUAAGAUGAAAUACCUACAACAGCAGCAUUUCUUCAAUUACAACGUAAAAUAAUUUAAUCUUAAAUGACACUGUGGUAGACCUCAAGAACAGAUUACCUUUUUUUCCCAGGGUUGCAGUCCAGUUGAAAUGGCUGUCUAAACAAGUUGGCUGAGAAUGGGGAAAACUACCAUGGGGUGAACAUGUAACAAAACCACAGAUUAACAGCUACCUGUUUCUUGUUGGUUUAUGUUGUUUUGUAUUGUCGUGAAAGCAAAGUAGAAAAUUAGCACACCAUGUUUAGCCAUUUAUAUUCUGUAAUAAUUUCUGCAGUUAACUCUAUUUUCAGAUAUUCACUAAAACCUAAUGAAAAGAUAAAACUGCAUUGUAUUGAGGUGAUACUAAUAUAAACAAAAUGCUGCAUAUUUUAAGAAUGUCUUGAACUGAGUGACAAGUGUGAACACAAUUUAAAUAAUAACUUGUUUUUAAAAAGUCCAGGGUUAGUUAUAAAAUGAAAUACAGAGUAUUUAAAUAGAAUCAUUUUCAGUUAAGGGGAUCAUUUCUCUGAGUUGUACAUGAGAAUAUUUUUGUGCAUUUCAAGGAUUUUUGUGCAUUAUCAAAAUAAUACAAUAAAAAGUGUUCCUUUCAAUACAUUUUUGGAAAAACUUAGUUAAGAAAGAAAUUCUGCUGCGGUUUGGUUUUGUUUUUUAAAAUUACUUUAGUAGACUGAUAAUGGCCCCUGAAGUUGUGUGUAUAUGGGCAUAUAUGUGCUUUCAUUUGCUUGCUUCUAGCAGACCUUGAACAGCUACAAAGCCAGUAUCAAAAAACUUUUGAAAAUCCUUUUUCCCUAUCAUAUAAAUGAAUCUGUUCAACACCAAUCAGUAGAUCUCCUGAGAUACUUGUUAUAACAGUACUACUUCACAAAUCAUAAUUUUUAAAGCUAAAAUCUAAGCUUUGUGAUACCUUAAAUAUGGUCAUGUUAAUCCACUUGUAGUAAUAAUAUCUUUUUCGAGUUAUGAAUGGGUUUCAUUAGUAGUCACUGUGCCUUGAAAAUAGCAUGAUGAAAAGCAUUACCUAAGAAGCUUAAGCAGUGGUUUUCAUCUGGUGGCUGUAAAAUAAACACUUUGACAGUAGGAUUUGUGUAAUAGAUCUGCAAAGCAGGUUUUCUUCCUGCAGGAUGAGGUGUUCGGGAUGUUUUACACUUAUUCCUGUUUCUGAAGGAAAAAAAUGUGAAAGUGAUGAAAUAGAACUAAGUACAGACUCUGCUUUUGUUGGGCUGUGUGAGCUUUCAUUCUACUGCUGAAUUUGAUAGAGACUUCUAUUGUAAUACAACAGGAAAGUUUAAGUAGCAGCUCUAGCUCAAAAUGCUUGAUUCCUGUUCUGGCUCAGUCCUCCCUUAAGUACUUAAUAUUUAUCCAUUGUAUGAAAGCUCUCAAAGGGAUAUGUGCCUGUUUAAUUAGCAGAAAGCCCCAAUUUUCUAUCCUCUUAAUAGCUUUUAAGUGCUUUACCAGCUUGGAUGGUGUAGCUGUAUUUGAUGACUCUUUAGACCUAUAUGUAAGGUGAUAAAAUGGGGUAAGUAAUGAUGUAUUCUAGUUCUUACUGUUGUAGUCAUUUAUCCAAUAUAAACCACAACUGCUGUGUAAAAAAUGACUAAUUGUAACAUCUUGGUGAUCAUUGUAUACAAAUACUGUGAAGCUUAAAAUAUAGUUUCAUCAUAAGAAGCAAGAGAUUGCAGUAGGUAAAAGGGAGAAACUUGGACUCCGCUUAGGCCUACCAUUAAGUGGUUGUUGUAUUAUUUGGUCUGUAUAUGCCCAAUACUUUGCAGUGUUUCACUAAUUUUUUUCCUAGUUACAGUAAUAUUUCUCAGAUGUCACACGAGCUGCCCCUUUCCUGUGACUAUAACAUGCUCCUCUUGACUGAAGAGCAUUUAUAUGUUGAACUUUACAGACACUUAAUUAAAAAAACCCGCUACAUUUGUGCACCUACCUAUCAGUGUGACUUAAAUGCUGAUGGGCUUUCUUAAAAUGCGUAACACCAAUUUAAAUCUGCAUUUUAAAUGAUAACUUGGGCAUUUAAAGAAAUGUGCUGCUAAGUGGUCAUGCUACAGAUGCUUACUCCUAAGGCCAGAAAUUAGCAUCUACUUGAAAGCGCUGUAAAUGGACGCCUAUUUCGGUACGUGCUUAGCACUCCCGUGUGGACAUAAAUGGUACUAACUGUUAGUCAUCCACUGCUGCUUUCUUGGAAAGAUCGCCACAGGUGGCGCAGCAACAAAAAUAGCUGUGGUAAACAUUGCUAUGAACCCUAGUAUGGGAUUUGCUGCCCUCCUUAAAAAAAACUGAUUGGAAGAGAAGGAAACUAAAAAAGAUUAUGUUAAAAUACACUACCUUCAUGUAGUGGAGAAAUAAAGCUCAGCAACAGAGACUGAACUAGGAAGUCUUAAAAGAGAUGAGAGACCAUUCUCUUAAUUGGAUUAUUGCGAAUCCGCUUUCUAGGGUCUUAAAUCAGAAUCUGUUCAAUCUCUGGCUUUCUCUUAUCAAUAGUAUCUGGCUAGGCAGUUUAUCCUAAGUUGUUUGGUACUAACCCAAAUUCUUUUUUUCAUUUCAUUAGAUGGUAUUUACUGUUCUUGAGACAGAUCUAUUAGCUUCAGUGCAAGGUGAAGUCUUUCCAUGAACUCUAAAUUAACUUUCCCGUGGCUCUAUGUUGGUUUUUAUGUUUGAUGUUUGCUUGCAGGAUUUUUUUUUUUUUUUUUUUUUUGUAAAAGGAGUUUUGGUUUUUUGUGGUUUUGGUUUUGUUGGUUUGUUGUUUUGUUUUUGUUUUUAAUGCAUAAACCUUGAAUCUUAAAGAUUCAUGGGCUUAUUUUGGAAGUGGGUCCAAGCUGCCAGAUGGACUAGAACCAUUUUGCCUUACUGGCAGAUGUAAUAGUUGUAAAACUCCAUUGUCAUCUUGAUAUUUUCACAAUAUACAUGUUUUGGACUAACCUAGAACUCUUACAUGGUCACACAAAAUUAGAGUGAUGCUAUGAGAUUGAACACUUCUGUAUUGAAGUGUUCUAUUCCAGGCAUUGUAAAAUCAAUGUCUUAAAUUCAGUUACUGAGAAUAGGGAUCUUAAAAGUAAAUACUCCUAUUAGACAUCAUUCAAAUGAGUAUUGCUGCUUAAGCACACAUGAGAAAAAUAUCCUAGCAUGCCAUUCAAGUAACUUUGCUUACAGAUAAGCCUUCAUGUGCCAGUCUAUGAUGCUUCUUAGAAUCCAGAGAGAAGUGCUGUGAAACAGAGAAUACAGACAAAGGCAUUUGUUGUAGUAUUUAUAAGGAAAAGAAAAGAAGAUUAAAACACAGAAGUAGAUGGUGAUCAUGUAUUGCUUUUUGCAUGAAAUUGAGCUAGAACUACACCUAACUUGUAAGAAGUGUAGAUUUAAAAUGUGUAAUAGUUCUGAGAAAAAAACCUAUAAGGAAGCAGCAGUAUUAAGCAUAUCAUUCUGUGGUACAGGUGUGUAUCUGUGCUGGCUCUCAUCCAUAAGUUAAAAUACAAAAACAAAACACAACUCAGUGAGAAAUGCUUGGAGAUUGAAGUACUUAUAUAUUAUCAGUCUUUUAUAAGUUGUUCCUACAAGCUGUCACUAAUAGUUUCUAAAACAAGAACAAAGUGCUGCAAUGCUUAAAACACACUUUUUUCUAGUUGGCUUCAGUUUCCGUGCAUUUAACCAUAUGAUUAAAUCUCACUAACCUAGAAAGCCGCACAUAAGGAUGUCAGGCUGGAUACAGGUAGCUCAUGUAUUUCAAGGAAACUUUACAGUUUUGAACUCAUCUUUUCGAAUUAAACACUCAAUGCCUGAAUGAUUUUUAAAGACGGAAUAACAAUACUGUGCAGUCUCUAAUGAGUAUAUGAAAUACUGGUGUUGAGGAUUCCUUCUUUCUAUUGCAAGUCAGUGAUUAAAAACCCACAAAGGUUUGUUUUCAGUGAAAAUUUUUUAAUUGGAAAGAACUUCGAGUUGAGCAAAUAGCUAGCUGUUUGUUUUCUGUGGCUCUUGGCUGUGUACUAACCUUUAAGAUGCAAACUAGGUGGGAGGAGAGGGCAAGACCACUUCUUACUGGGAGGAGCAGUGUGUGACUUUUUGAAAUAAAAUUACAUUGGCUGCAUGUUACAUGCAGUCUUAUCUGUACUACAGUUGAAAAAAGAUGUUGUAUUGUAGUACUAUAUUUAGUGUUUGCACUUUUAAAAAUGAUUCUGCAGUGGCUGACCCAGUCCUUUGCUGGAUGAGGAGUGAGUGUUUUUGUCUUUUCCUUGCUGUCUGCAUGGUGAAAUAUAACUGGUUUUAGUUCUGGUAAAUGUCAAUGAAAAAAAUUGCAGAUCCCUUGGAUACAGUACCUAAGGUGUUUUAAGGUGUCUGUGCAUGGGUUUCUUCUGGGAGAAAUAUUCUUCUUUCAAGCUGUGCCUAAAAAAUAAUAAUGUUAGCUCUUGCAUUUUCUCUCAGGCUAAUAUGGUCUUUAGGAGGUUAGCAUUUGUGGCACUGCAAAGAAUUACUAGAGAAGAAUCUCUGUUGUGCCAAAUGAGUUCAAUUUUCACAAAGUAUCUUUGAACUAUGCUUGAAGAUGACUUUUGGGUUUUGUUUUGUUUUUUUUUUAAUUAAGAGAAAAAAUGGUCAGAAAUGAGUCUGAAAUAAAAGCAUCUCCAGCAGUUGCGGUCAGGCACCGUGCAGGCACAUGGGUGUGGAAAGGGUUUCUCUGGCAUAAGCAAUAUUGGAUUCAGUGCACAGCGGCUUCCCUAGGAAGGCAAACCAGGUUGUACUUGUACGGCACAGAUGGCUGUGAGCCAUCCCUACCUGUCCUUUUGAGCUUCUUUUGGGCUGAUAGUGCAGUACUACAGGUGGCAAUAGUUAAAAAGUGAAGGUCACUUACAAAUCAAAACUAUAAGUGGGGCUGAAAAGGCAGAUCUCUGUAAAACCACUCAUCAGAGAGCUGCAUUCCAAUUCAGUGGAGCAUACAAUUGGGUGCAUACAAUUGGUUACUUGAGAUGUGCAAGUUGCAUUUAAGAUGAGUGGGACUGUUUGCUUUCGACAUUUUUUGGGGUUUUUUUAUUAAAGGUGGCAGGUGUGCUGAGAAUACCAAAAGAAAGUUUAUCUCCCUGCUUACUUUUACCUCUGCCAUUGAAGUGUUUGUGUAUGAACCUUUAACAAUAUUACUUAACUCCAACCCCUCAUUACAUUUUGAGUAACUUAGCAGUGGUUUGUUACUUCUGUAAAAACUGGGUUUGCAUUUCACUUGUUUCAGUUUGUUGCAACUCAAAAUGAUGCUUAUGCUGAAGCCUGUGCUGCUUUAGACUCCUGUCUAUCUACAUCUGCUUCUACUAAUUGUAUUUUCUAAAUGUCUCAAUACAGAAGAGUAGAAUUUACAUUUGAGAAGGCUUCAUAAUUAACGCUAAAGCCAAAGGCAUUCUUGUCAGACACAUCUUUGCACAAUUUGUACUUGAAAAUAUUUUCAAGUUUUGAAACCUAACAUGCUAGGACAUACUUCUUUUCCCUCAGGAAUCAAUUCUUGCUUCUUAAAUGUUUAGCACAUUUGUUUGUGUUCAUUUUCAUGAUUCAGGAGAGUAUAUGUGAGAUGUGAAAAAGGUUCUGCUAGCUUUUGAGGUCAGGGUUAUACCAAGGAACCUGAAAGUAAAAGCAGAAAUAAUGAUUUGAUGGCUGUGGUUCUCAUGCUUUCCAUGUGACUUUGAAAACUCUCAAGACUUCCCUAAAAACAGCACAGGACCUCACUUUGGCUGCAGCAUGGUUUCAUCCUUGUCAGCUGACAGCUUUUUUUGCAGGACUUCUCCUAGGUUGGGUUGGAUCCUAGGUAUCCACAGCUCUUUGUCAAUUGGAGCUGUAUAUCCUACCUUGGAAAAGCUAGGCAAGAAAAGACAUUGGCUGCUGAGGAGCCCUCCAAGGUAAUAUGAGAAUGCUGUAAUGUGUGCAUGGUAAGAAGCUGAUAAGAUGGUGUUGUUUGUAGCUUCAGGGUCCAGUUCUGUAAACACCAUGGAGCAGACUACUACAAUAACACACUGAGAAACCUUUGGCGCUGUAGUUUCUACUGAUCUUUGCAAAUUGGGUUUCGUUUUCAUAAAAAUUCUUCACAAGUAGCAAGAGUUGGCUUUUAUGUUGUAAAACUUUUAGGAUGACACUUUAUAACGGAUAUUUUGUCAGGUAACUGAGUGUUAUGGUUUGCUGCAUACGUGCAAGAGGUACUAGAGCUAGAGUUGUGAUUUGUGCUGCAAUCUGUUCCCUGUGUUAAAAAAACCCAAACCAAAACCAACUAUUGCACUAGCUGUACUUAAAAAAAAGGAGCAAUAAUGGGAGCAUCUUGUAGCUUUUCCCUCCAGAGGUGCUGUCAUGGUCACUUCACUGUCAACUGUGAAUUUGGUAAAACAUCUUGAAGAAAUUGUCCUAUGUGGUUUACUUGUUUACUUGGCACACACAGGUUGAAAUUUUUUGUCAGCCUGUGUGCUAAUGAAUACAGGUGCACUAUUUACACAACCACCCACAUCUUUAAAAAUCAAAAAUCUUACAUCUAUUUAUGGUGCUAAUAAUCUCAAAUAUUAUAAAGAGCUAGUAUUCUCUUAUUACACGUGAACUCUAAGGAAAGCUGUUGUGACACCUUUCAAUAAAAUAAAAUUUCUCUACAUUUUAAGCCUGUUCCAAAUGCUUUUUAUAUAAAACAACACUUUUCUAUUUCAUAUUAAAAUGGCAAAAAAUAGUAUUUUAAUGCAGGAAAACAUUAGGAGUGUGUACUGUUCUAAAUUACAUGUCCAGUUCUAAAUUUUCAUACAUUUAGGAUAGCUCAUCUUCUGAAACUGUCUAAAAUAUAAGAAUUUCACUAGGUAGGAUUAAGGGACAGGCUGGUAGUUUAAAUAAAAUAAUUUUCUGGCUUUGUCAUGACUGUUGAAGCCUUGGGGACAGAGAGAGAGGAUGUGAAAUGGGCAAAGCUGUAUUAGGAGGUCACUGAUUAUAUAGUGUAGAUGUAUAUUUUACUGAAACUUUAAAAAAACCCCGAACAACUUGUGAUGGAUAUGACCAUGUAGCUGUCUAAAGAACAGAAGUGAAACAACAUAAUCGUCAAGGCACUUCACAGUAGGACAUUAUAAAAACUUGUGAAAAAACCUUAAACUAGAUUGUUUAGAUUGUGAAACAACAAAGUAAUUUUCUAGCUUUGUUUGAAAGCUUCACAAGCAACUUUUUCUUAAAAUAGUUUUUCAUCUUGUGCCUUCUGUUGCAGAAGUUAUUGUUGCCUUCCUCCCACCUUUGGUUGUGAUUUUAUUGUAAAUAAUGGACAGCGCACAUCCAGAUCUUUCCAAGAGGUGUUUUUGGGCAGCAGUACCCACACUUUCUAUCCACAGAGAAUACAAAGCCUUUUGUUCUUGUUAAAGGCCCUUACUUGUGAGCUUACAGUUGUGAAGUAUCUGCCUGUGACAUGUGGUGGUUCCUGCUGGAGUCAGCUCUUAGAUGAGCAUGAUGCCCUUAAUUCAUCUGGACAUGUGAGCGUGCAGAGCUGGUGCCAUGCCCAGGUGCACUGGUGGCACUGCAGCACACCCUUCUGCUCUGAAAUGGUUGUACCCCAGGUUGCUAUGCUUCAUGUACUAGAAUAAAUUCUCUUUUAUCACUUCCACUUAGUACUUCCAGAAGUAAGAGGGCUUCUCCAAGAUCUAUUUGAUGGAACUUCUAUAUCAGUGCAACGAAUAUUCCAUGUUUAGAGUAACUUAAUUUAAAGCAGAAACAAGCCUACUAUCUAGGAUAGAACCAGGGCUGGGUGGGGUUUUUGUUGUGUGAAGGUGGGUAGUCUGGUAACAAUAGUCUGGAUUGUCUUCCUACUUGUCUCUGUGCCUGCUUUUAUAGUAGGACCCUUGGAAAAGCCAAAGAUUGAACUAAGUCACCCAUAAUAGUCCUAAGCCACAUUGAAAUAUAAUUUUCCUGUCUUAAUUACUAGAUGCUUCAGAGAAAAUGAAUUGUAUUUUUUUAAUUUACAAAAAAAGUGCAAUACUUACAGAAAUACUAAGAGGCAAAUGGCUGCAUGUUUCAAUGCCCUGCAAAAACAAAACCUUUGAGUGUGUGACAUGCACUUGACCAAAAGUGGGUUUUUUUAACUUUAGCUGCUGUGUUACACUAGUGCACUGAAACAUAUUUCUGUAACUCAGAACUUUCAAAUCCUUUCAAUGUGCUUUUGACAAGGAGAGUGCUUUUUAUGAAUAAAGUGCCUGUGGAAGUAAAAAUCCAAAAGUUGCAUGCAAGCUCAAAUAAAGCAUAUAAAACCACAGCCCACACUUGAAGAGAAUGGGUGCUAAGUCAGCAGCUGCAUAGAACAGCUGGUCAACAGUCCUAAGCGUUGAUAGGAUUCAAAGAUUAAGUUUGAGCAAAGAAUAUUAUGUUGCUUUUGAGAGUUUACUGUGUUAAUUAAACUUCCAAUGCUUCUGCUUAGGCCUUAACUCUGUAACUUGGUUAUCUUCAAGGAAAAAUUAGUUCCUUUGAACUAUUCUAUUUUUAAUACUUUUUUCAUGAUAGCCUUUACUCUGGUGGGGAUGUUUGUUUGCUUGUUAUGUGGAGCUAUUUUUGACCUGUUAAAAGUAGAGUCACCAAAUGCUUUGAUUACUGAGUUAGGGGUAAAAGAUUUUGACAAAUGGUGUUUCCUUAAGUGCAGAAUUAAAGGGGUGUGUUUUUUAUUACACUGAUGCUAGGACUGAACAGGAAGGAUUUCCAUGGAUAGUACUGUAGUGCUGAAGCUUGUAUAUGUAGUUAUUAGGAGUAUGCAGAAUAUUAGUAAAGUACUUGGAUAUGUCUUGCUAUAAUUUCAUGCUUUAAAAAGAGGCUAUUUGGUUCUAACUUAAAUUGGAGAAACUGAUUUUAAUGUUGCAACAGCUAUUAUUUUAACUUGAAAUAUCCACUUAUCUACUGGUAUGUUAGAGGAAAAGCUAUAUUUUAUCACUUAACAUUUUGAAGUUAUUCACAUUUUCUAUCAAAAUUAAUGUGCAAUUAAAUCUCUGGACAUCCUAGAAUUAGCUAUAUGCCACUGAAACCACACUUUCAGCUGCAUACAUAGGGAAGUAAGGCAUUUUUUAAAUCUAGUUCAGCUUCCUGACUAGACUGAGAAGGAAGUGGGGCUAGAUUACUCUUGUACAAAGAAAACAGACAAAAACAGUAAUGUGUUUCAGCUGUGCUGAAUACCUUAGCUUCUUAUUUUCAUACUACAGAACUUAAACUUUUCUGGAGAGUCAGAUUUAAAAUAUCCUUAGUUCAGCUAAAUUUUCAUCUGUUUUUAUAUAUUUUUUCUAAUAGAUGCAUUUUAUUUGUAUACAUUGUAAUUAGCCACUGAAUUUCUGCCAAAUAUGGACAAAAUAAAAGCUGCGUUCUCUUCUGCCAGUCAAAAUCUGUUUUUAGUUUUUCUGUUUGGUUCAGUCCAUGGCUGGUAAAAUGUCCACUUGCUGUUUAGAUUACAGAGACAGUUGCCUUAAUUGCUCAGAGGAAAACUGACCUUGACCAUUUAAAGCUUUAUGUAUUUCUGAAAUUGCUGUAACUUCUGUAUAAUUGCAAUAAAACCUUUUUAAUACAGUUCAGCCACUA